UUUUUCAUGUCUCUUCGCUUUUCGCCUACCAACAAAGACAAAAAGUAACUGUCUUCCUCUUACUCUUCCAUCUUAUGUACUUACGAGUUUCAGAUGUUAGAUCUGGGAAACAUGUCUUUGUCUGCAUCUGUGGCUCUCACUUGUUGCCCUUCUUUUCUUCCGGCGGCUUCAGGCCCGGAAUUAUCCAAAUCUAUCGAUUCCCCUGAAAAUAUAGCCGGAGACUGCAAUGGGAAGCAUUCACCGAUGAUUCCACCGGAGGAAGAGGUUAGAGACAUUAAAACUGCUAAUGGAGUCACUGCUUUUACCGGGAAACAGAAUCCGUCUGACAGAGUCAAGAAAGGGUUGAUUUUGGAAGAUCAUGUGAAGGAUUGGGUCAAGAGAAGAGUGGCUUCUGGUGUUUCAGAGACGAGAUGUUGCCUCCCUUUUCUUGUUGGUGCCAAGAAAAUGGUUGAUUGUCUUGUUUGCCAUAAGCCGGUGUACCCGGGGGAAGAAUUAUCGUGUUCUGUUCGUGGCUGUCAAGGCGCUUAUCACUCGCUUUGUGCGAAAGACAGUCUCGGUUUUUCUAAGUCAAGCAAAUUUAGAUGCCCUCAACAUGACUGUUUUGUCUGCAAGCAAAGAACACAAUGGCGGUGUGUUAAGUGUCCAAUGGCUGCUCAUGAUAAACAUUCUCCAUGGUCAAAAGAAAUACUUCACUUGAAAGACCAACCAGGAAGAGCAGUUUGUUGGAGGCAUCCAACUAAUUGGCGGCUAGACAAAAAGCAUGCAGUUGCGCAGAGUGAGAUGGAGGAGGUCUUUUGCCAGUUGCCUUUGCCAUAUGUGGAAGAGGAGUUUAAGAUUGACUUAACAUGGAAAGAUUCUGUUGUGAAAGAUGAUCUGCCUCCUUAUGUGCACAUCAGACGCAAUAUUUACUUUGUAAAGAAGAAGCGUGAUAAUGCUAAUGAUGGUGUUGGGUGCACAAAUUGUGGCCCUACUUGCUGUAGAAGCUGUGUUUGCAGGGUUCAAUGCAUAAGCUGUUCAAAAGGAUGCAGAUGUCCUGAAACUUGUGGAAACAGACCAUUCCGCAAAGAGAAGAAGAUCAGAAUUGUUAAGACUGAACAUUGCGGUUGGGGAGUAGAGGCAGCAGAAUCAAUCAACAAAGAGGACUUCAUUGUCGAAUACAUUGGUGAAGUGAUUAGUGAUGCUCAAUGUGAGCAAAGGCUUUGGGAUAUGAAACACAAAGGCAUGAAAGACUUUUACAUGUGUGAGAUUCAGAAAGACUUCACGAUUGAUGCCACCUUCAAAGGGAACGCCUCUCGGUUUCUAAAUCACAGUUGCAGCCCAAACUGUGUAUUGGAAAAGUGGCAAGUUGAAGGUGAGACCCGUGUAGGUGUCUUCGCAGCUCGUCAAAUAGAAGCAGGAGAGCCACUUACAUAUGACUAUAGAUUUGUGCAGUUUGGUCCUGAAGUAAAGUGCAAUUGUGGUUCUGAAAGCUGUCAAGGUUAUCUUGGGACAAAGAGGAAAGAGCCAAACUGUUUGGCUGUAUCUUGGGGAGCAAAACGCAGAAGAGUGUUUCACCGACCUUUAGCCCAUAAAUUGCAGCAAGAUUAGCUUCAACAAACCUUUGGAAUAUAUGUGAGCGGCGUGCUUUGAUACUUCUCUGUUGCAGUCUUGUAGUAAUAUUUGUGGAGUUUGUCUUUUGUAUCUUUAAUACCUUACGCACACAUUACAGUCUACAGUACAACAAUGAGCAAAAACUUGAUUCUUUAUGCAUUGAUGUUAUGUGGUUACAUAACAUUCGGUAUAACGUUUUGUAGAUUGUAUGUAGAUGAAGUUUAGAGGCUCA